AUGUCUAAGGAAAAGGACUUGUAUGAAAGUACCGUCAUUGGUUCGGAAGUAUAUUCCUUUAGUGAAGAUAUCAAAAUCACGGAAGAGUACGCUGAUCCAUCAUUACAGUUUCUUGAGAAGUACAAGAAUGAAUUCGAAAACCAAGAAUUUAGUGAGGCCGAAGAAAGAGAGUUAAACAAACGUCUUUACUUAUGGCUCUUCCCUUUGCUUUUAACUGUCAGCACCGUCUGCUUUAUUGAUAAGGCGACAUUGUCGUACGCUUCUAUUUUGGGGCUCUUUGAAUCUACCAAUAUCAAUGCUGCCCAGUACGAUGAUUUGAACUCUAUUUUCUACGCUGGUUACACUGUUGGUCAGUUAUUGAAUUUUGUGUUACAGAAAACAGACAUGGCCAAAUUCAUGACUUACAUAAUUUUUUCUUGGUCCGUCGUUGUGUUCUGUCAUUGCGGUGCUUAUAAUUUCGGAGGUCUUAUUGUUCUUAGAUUCAUCCUCGGUUUAAUCGAAAGUACUGUUGUCCCGGCAUUGGAAGUCACCAUGCUCCAAUUUUUCACUCCUAAUCAAAGAGCUACUUUACAGCCGAUUUUCUGGUGCUCAAGUGGUAAUUCUGUUAUUAUCGGUGGGUUCAUCUCUUAUGGUGUUCUUUGGGCUAAACACUCGAUACCGCCUUGGAAAAUUCUUAUGAUUAUUCUUGGUGGAUUAACCCUUAUAGUCACUGCCUGGGUGGCCUACAUCUACCCAUCUGACCCAGCGAGUGCUAACUUUUUAACUAACAAACAGAAAUACUUUUUGAUAAAAAAAAUUCAAGGUGAGACCAAGGCUUCCAUCGUCCAGCAUGUCAUCAAGAAAGAGCAACUUAUUGAGUGUCUCAAAGAUCCAAUAUCUUGGUUAUUUACCCUUUUCUCUUUUUUUCUUAUGAUGGCCAACAACUUGGGAUACCAGCAAAACCUAUUGUUCGUUGGUCUUGGGGUCAGUAGAUUGGGCUCGACUUUGGUUAACGUUGCCUCUGGUGCGUUCUCGUCGGCUCUCCAUAUUGUAUUCGCGAUCCUAAUUUAUUAUAAGCCCAAUAGUAGUGCGUUGGUCACUACUUUGUCUUGUCUUCCAAGUAUGGCCGGGGGAAUUGCAAUGAUUACUAUUCCUUGGAGACAUAAAUUAGGUCUUCUAGCAAGUCUUCUUUUAGCAAGUAACUUCUAUGGAACGGCUUAUAUUGUUGGUCUCGGAUGGGCCACAUCGUCGUGCUCCGGAAACACCAAGCGGUUUUUCCGCCACUUUAUGUUCAUGAUUGCCUACGGUAUUGCCAAUAUUAUAUCUCCUCAAUUAUGGAAAGGUAAUCAAGGGCAUGACAAGGAUGGAGAAAAACGUUAUUAUGCUGCGUGGACCGUGCAGAUUGUAUUGGCUUGGGUUGGGACCCCGAUCAUCACUUGGGUAAUUCACUCCAUUUUGAAAAGCAGAAAUAAUAAACGGCUGGCUGCCAUUGAAGCUGAAGGUAAAGAUGCUCUUGGUGCUGUCGUCAAAACUGAUAAGAGUGGUAAUGAAAUUAUUGAUAAAGUCAGCAUUGCUAACUUAGACCUAACUGAUCUUGAAAAUAAGCGAUUUAUUUAUCCACUAUGA